GUCAAUUAACCUCAUGCAUGCUUCCAGCGCAAACUAACGUGACAGUGUUGUCCUCUUUCAUCAAACAUUAAAAGGACAUUUUCUCACUGUAAACGUGUAAUAACUGUAUGAGAAAUGUCCGGGAACGGGCUGGUGUCCAGUAUCCGCAGGUUGAUCCAGAAUGAAGAGCGACUGAGGAGCUCCAACUCUCCGAGUCCAUUUGACCACCUCCAUCAGCAGAUGGAUGACGUUUUAGGAGAUGGAGGAAUCAUGAAGCAAGUGGUCCAGCCUGGAGAGGGCCCACCAGUGCCCGAGAACGCUUCAGUCAUAAUGCAUUACUCUGGCUUUCUGGAGUAUUCUGACCAGCCUUUUGAAACCACGCUAAAUGUAAAGCACCCUCGGAUUAUGAAGUUAGGGAGAGAUGUGACACUGGGAGGCCUGGAGCUGGGUUUGUUGACAAUGAAGAAGGGGGAGUUUUCACGCUUCCUCCUCCAGCCUCAUUAUGCCUAUGGGGACAUGGGCUGCCCUCCCUUCAUCCCGGCACACGCCGUCAUUUUGUAUGAGGUCCAUGUAUUGGACUUCCUGGACUCUGGACAAGUGGAUGAAUUUCUUACAUUAUGUCCAGACGAACAGAAUGCUUCUCCUCUGUCCACCUUUUUACAUGUGAUCAAUACAUUACGUGGCUUUGGCAAUCGCUGCUUCAAUCAGAGCCGGUUUUAUCAUGCCAAAGAUCGCUACAAAGAGGCUUUGAAGCUUUUGGAAAACAGGAAAUCUCAGAACGUCCCAGAAAAGGAGACUCUGCAGACAGCUCUUCUCCCUGUGUAUCUGAACCUGUCCCUCACAGAGCUACGUCUGGAGAGACCUCAGAAGGCUCUGAAGUACAGCAACAAAGCUCUACAGAUCGACCAUGACAACACCAAGGCACUUUACCGCUGUGGACAGGCCUAUCUGGAGCUGCAGGAGUUUGAGAGUGCACAACAGUGCCUCCUAUUGGCUCAGGGGAGGAAGCCUUUUGACAGCGACAUCAACAGCCUCCUGAGGAAAGUGGCAAUGUCCUAUAAAGAAAGCCUAGAUAAACAAAAAGACAUGUGCUCUAAAAUGUUCAAGCAUUUCAAUUCCACAGAGAACUAAUUGAGGAAACAGGUUAGAAACUGCACAGCAUCCAUGUCGUUAAAAUCACUUCUGUACAUUUUAAGUUGCAACAUCAAUCAAGUUUACCGUUUUGUGGAAAAUUGUGCGUUUCUGGAAAGAUUUAGAGUUUGUGUUUGAGAUGUCCAACUAAGUUUAUGUUGUAUUUGUUUUAUUUUUUCCCAACUGUCACAUUUGUAUAAAUUGGAAAUUGUAGUUACUUUUCUACUGUGUUAAUUUGGAAAGACACUGUUUUGGAAAAAUAAUGUUCUUUUAGUGGCAAAAUAAAAUCUAAAGAUUUA